UGCAAAGGAGGGAGGCACUGACGUCAAUUAAUACCCAACACAGAUAUUUACCAUACUCCAAUCAACACUAGACUUGUUAGUCGGCCCAGCUUUGGUGAUGGUCCCAGUGCUCCUGAACAACAUAUCUGUGGCCACAGUGUUUGUGCUGAGCUGCAUGUGUGCCGUGCAGCUGCAGGGCCAGAAGCCGCCUCACGCCGACCCCCUGACGGCCCACCGGUCGAACCCGCAGUGCUGGGACUCUUCCUCGGCUCUGCUGCUGGAGAUGCGCUCCCCGAAGAUCGCUGACACGGUGCCCGAUUUCUGGGACAUGAUGGUUUUCCUCAGGUCGUCGGACAACAGCAAACACAAGGCGCUGUUCUGGGACCUGGUCCGGGUCUUCUGGGACCUCUAUCUAGACUGCGUGCUGUCCAGGAGUCACGGCAUGGGACGGAGACACAUCACCGCUUUACAAUCCCUCAUCACUGACAGUAAGUUCUUGAAAUUCAUCUUAAUGUGGGACUAG